AUGACGGCCCAACUCUGCGCCUGCCCGGGCUGCCCCCUCGGCGCCGGUGUGGCCUCAACUCGGGAACCGCGAGGGGGGCGAGGGCCCUGGGCUGGGGACGCCGAGCCGCCACCUCCCCGCCGCGGGUUUCCAAGCGCCCCUGCCCCGCGGAACCCUCCGCCCUCCUCCCCACCUGUGGCUCUCCAGCCCGAGACUGCUAGUGGCCGGGGUGGCAGCCGGGGACGGGACACCGCACUCACCCGCGUCUGCCCGCCGAGAGCGGCACCCGAGCCCAGCGGGCCUUUCCCGGAAACCACCAGCGCCGGAACCCCCGGAGGCGACGGGGCGGGGACCGCGCCGGGACUUGGAAGAAGCGCCUUGGGAGAUCGGAAGGGUCCUGCACAGACAGCUGUGGCGGAUAAAUUAGAGUCACACAUCAAGGACGGAGCACAGUGCCCUGCGUGCAAUAGCACAAGGAAAAUGGUACCUGUUAGCCUUCCGUACUAUGGUGAGCUCAUGUAUCACUUGACAUUAGGAGUUCGAGCCCGAGAAGAGCACGAUCUAGUCUCAACAACAAAAAAAUGAGCCAGGCAUUGUGGCCAGCACCUAUAGUCCCAGGUACUUGGGAGGCUGAGGCAAGAG